UGAGGAAUUGGGGUGGUGACGUCUUUUCUGAUACCGAUUAUUACGUGACUGCAACAACAACAAUAAAAAAAAGUCAUUGGCAAAUAAAAAUCCGAACGCCACAUCAACAGAGAAACAAAACAAGCCAGACACCCGGCAAGGCAACAAGGCAGAGAGAUUGAGAGAAAGAGAGGGAGAGAGAGAGAGACCCCCUGUUUACAACAGAGAGCUGGGAACAGAAAGCAAAGAGAGUGCAAAAGAUCUGGUAGCUAAGGUGGGAGCCGGGGCUGUCAGCACCCAGCAGCCAAAGCUGGUCAGCUUGGAAGGCACAGAAGGGGGAAGAAAGGAGAAGAAAGGAGGAGGUAGUGAAGCAAAAGGAGACAAAUCGACGCUGAAGCCAGGAGCUGCUCGGGGAAGGGGGAAAGAACCGCUCUGUAGCAUUUGCUAUAACGCAGCCAGUUUCCACUUUCUCCCUUUCUGAUUCCUUCUUCCUUCUUGCAAGGAUUUCCCCUUCUUCCUCUCCUCACCCUCUCUCUCUCUCUCCCCUUGCCUCUUGCCUGCCUGGCAGACUCCACUUUACACCUGCAACUUUUAAAAAAAUUGAGCUGAGCAACCCCCCCCCCCAAGCUAGGCAGCUAACAAGUCGAUCUGCUUGUCUGUCCCACGCCCCCUCCCUUUCUGCGGUUUCCCUCUUUGCCCAUCAGAGGAAGAAAGCAAGAGACACACAGAGGGAAACCGAGAGAGAGGCGAUGCUUCAGGAGGAUUAACUAUCCCCACCAAAACUUCCUGGAAGGAAGAGAGCAAGAGAAGGAGGAGAACAACAACAUCAACAACAAGAAGGGAGAAAUCCUCCUUGAUUCAGAUCCAGUCUUGCGCCUGGUUUCCAGAGUUGAAUGAGUGGCAAUGUGUAACAAAGCGCUUCUCGCCCUGCUGGUCUAUGGGAUAAUCAUGCACUGCAGCGUCUACUGCUCGCCUGCUGCUGGACUCCAAUACCCCGCGCUGAGCAGGCUGGAAGAUGAAGCGUACGACGAGGACGGCAACACCCUGCCCGACUACGCCUUCGACAACGAGCCCCUCGGGAUAGCCGACCCUUCCUCCAUGCUGGACGACGUGUACACCUUGUAUUACCCACCGGAAAAGAGGCAUGCGGACGGGAUCUUUAAUAAAGCCUACAGGAAAGUCUUGGGCCAGUUAUCGGCGAGGAAGUACCUUCAUUCUCUGAUGGCCAAGCGGGUGGGCGGAGCGAGCGGCCUGGAGGAUGACUCGGAACCGCUUUCCAAAAGGCACUCGGACGGCAUAUUCACAGACAGCUACAGCCGCUACCGAAAACAAAUGGCUGUCAAGAAAUACUUGGCAGCAGUCCUGGGGAAAAGGGUUGAAGAAAUUACUAUUCUCCAUUUGCUACUGUACAUAGACAAAGAUGCCCUGCUACAAGGGGAAUAUGAGGCUAUUGAUUUGGGAGAAUUACUGACGCAGUUCCUUGCCCCGGUGAGUCUCCUGUCAGGCUCCUUUGACACGUCCUUCCUCCUUCCCCCUCCCCCCCCCGCCCUUGCUAGAAAUGACAUUUCCCUGCUUUACUCUGACUGCCCUUUUUUCUAUGUAUCUGGAUCUGCUCUGGGACCAAGUGAAGAACGGAGCCUGCAAGACCGUUUAAGGUGCAUCGGCCGCCCCUCGCCCCAGAACCCCUCUCUCCUGGCCACUCCUCUCAAUAGGAGGGGGGGCAAAGGAGCGCCUCUCCCUGCCUGUACGAGGGGAGAGGGGGUGAAGGGUCAUGCCGAUCCGCCUUAGCGCUUGUGAGCAGAGAGGACCAGGGUCCGGUAGUUUAAGAGACGAUUGUAGUUCAGCAGGAUGCAAAUUGUCGAAAUAAAUAGUUGCGCCCCAAUGAGAAAUCCUGGAAGAGUUGUUUUUUUCUGGUUUCUGGGAUAGCAGAGUAAGAAGGGGGCCUGUUCCCAUAUGCAGGUGUGUAUAUAGAUAUACACAUAUAGAUACACAAUGCACUGUGUAUAAAUAUAUACACAGUGUGUAUAAAUAUAUAUAUCUCACACUGUGCAUAUGCAGGGUCCAGACUUAGCCAUGCUCAGAAUAGAUUGAUGCAUCAACUCUAAGAACGCCAAAGUCUGGAUCCAACCCUGAGGUAGCCUUAGAAGUAAUAAGUUCGAUCCGUUAGGAAGUUCGGAGUUCAGAUCUAGGGCGGAAUAGAGAAGAAACGACCCCCCUACCCCAUCCCUUUGGGUUUUGGACUUGGCACAGUGUAGGUUCUAGGAGUUAAAGAUAACCUGCCCCAUCAGGCCGGAUCUAUCCAUGCAGCAGACGGAGGUGAAACUCGUGAUGGCAAAGUGGACAAUAGCACUUCAGAAAGAAAGAAAGAAAGAAAGAAAGAAAGAAAGAAAGAAAGAAAGAAAGAAAGA